GUUCUCUGAGCUGCUCUUCCAGGCUCUCCGUGGCCACCAGAGCUACUGCCCCCAGUGAGCAGAGAAUUACAGAGACACAAACCUGAGAAGACUUCAGGGAGUCACAGGAAAGAAUGGAAGGACUUCAGGGGAGCAAAUACGGAACUAUAGCUGAAGGCACUGCAGUACAGAGCCCGUUGGCAACCUCAUCUUCACUGAGGAUCAUACUUGUGGGAAAAUCUGGCAGUGGGAAAAGCUCCACCGGGAACACCAUCCUUUGCAAGACAGAGUUCAAGUCCCUACUGUCCCCCCAACCUGUCACCACCAAGUGCCAGAAGGCCAUUGGCAGCUGGAAUGGCAGGAGCGUCCUGGUGGUUGACACGCCCCCCAUCUUUGAGGCCCAGCCCCCCACCCAGGACACCUACAGGGACAUAGGGGACUGCUACCUGCUCUCAGCCCCAGGGCCCCACGUGCUGCUGCUGGUCACCCAGCUGGGCCGCUUCACUGCCCAGGACUCAGAGGCCGUGAGGAGGGUCCAGGAGGUCUUUGGGGAGGGGACCCUGAGGCACAUGGUGCUCCUCUUCACCCACUUGGAGGACCUGGGGGCUGAGUCUCUGCAGGACUAUGUGGCGGGCACAGACAACCUCAGGCUGCGCAGGCUGGUGCAGGAGUGCGGGGGGAGGUACUGUGGCUUCAACAACAGGGCCAGCGGGGAGGAGCAGAGGGUGCAGCUGGAGGGGUUCACGGCUGUACUGGAGAGCCAGGAGAGGGAGCUCGGGGGCACCUUCCUCAGCAACCAGCUCUACUGGGAGGCCCAGCUGCUGCUGCAGAGUGGGGACAGGCCCGGCACAGAGGAGCACAGGCGCUACCUGGCCCAGGUGCAGAGGCAGGUGGAUCAGCAGAGGCAGCACCUGCAAGGGGGGAGCAGCUGCCUCAGGAGGGCACUGCUCAGAGCCAAGAGCUGGGUGGUUUCCCACCCGGGCUUAUCUAUAGCCAUCAGCAUAGGCUCUCUGGUCCUUCUUGCCAUUAUAAUCGGCUGUGGUGUGAUGGGUGGAUAGUGAGUGAGUCCAGGUUAUUUCUGCAUUUUUUUUUUUUUUGUCAUUUUCACUCUACGGAUCAUUCUGUGUAUGUCUGCUGGAUACUUAAUUUGACCUAUUUACAUCACUUCACUUUUAAUUUCUCCUUGUUAUGUAGAGCAUGCCAUUCAUGUUCUUGUCAUUGAUUUCAGGUCAAUAAAAUCCAAUGAGGAGGGAA